AUGCCUUCAACUCUUCUUCGUGACGGCGGUGCCACCAAGCUCGACGAGCUCUUCGCUUUCAUCAUCGUCACGUCACCUGCGUCAUACGGUCCAAAGACAAGUUACGAGAAAACUACGUCACCUCGAUUCAAGAAAGUCAGAUAUGGUAAUCUUCACUGCUCUAAGUUAGGCAAAAGGAUUAAACCUCCAAUGAUAAUGCUCUUGAGUUUUAAUGAACGCAAGCUGGAAGGAUCUCGCGAGUGGCAAGGUGUGCACGGGUUGGCCUCGACAGCACUCGCAGGGUCGCAGGGCUCAGGUCGAGUCGCAAGUGUGGUGCUGACACGGGUCAUCACUCACACGCUCGCAGGCACUGUCUCGGGUCGCAAGUACCUGGUCUCGCGUGGUCUGGACUUGCGCACUCGCGGACGCUGUCUCGGGUCGAGAGUUCUCGGGCUCCUCUCGACAGCACUUGCGCAGUCACGAGCUGGUGCCGGGGUCGCGAGUGACUGGUCUCGAGUGGCCUGGACUCGCGCGCUCGUGGACAAUAAGUCGGGUCGCAAGUGCUCUCUCAUACACUGGUCUCUGAGGUCCUCACUCGUGCAUUCGCAGAUAGGCGUUGGGGUCGCGACUGUGUAA